AAGCUAUCUUUCUGAGGUGGAAAACAAAGCUGAGAAACAAACUAAUCAAAAGGGAUCUUUUCCUGUGUUUUAACUGUUGGAAUCUCAGAAGACCAAAUCUUUAGUUAUCCUGACAUUUGGAAAAGGAAUAUUCUGCAUUUUGCUUAGAAAAUUUGUCAAAUAUAAUGCUUGGAGAAGCCUUAUUAAUUGAAUUUCUAUACAAAGAACGGAAAUAUACAAAAAUUUGCAAACCAUUUACAUGUCAGAAGACCUCAAAUGAUGAAAAGGAAACUUGGAAAAAGAAACUUUUAGAUAUAGAAGACAAUUCACUUUCUCCUGCUAAAAUGGAAACUCAAGAAAAAGAAGUGAAAGAAAGUCUAGCAGAACAAAGUAAUGAUAUAAUUCAAGUAAUAUCUGCAGAGGAGAGAACUGUAGUAAAAUGCAAGGAUACACCUCUUCCUGGAAAUAUGUCCAUUGCAUUACCCAUUCCAAAGAGAGAGCAACACAAUGAAAGACAACUGGAUUUAUAUCGCUCCUGGUCAUGUACAAGUAUUUGCCAGAAUUAUCCUGACCUACAGAUUGGAGGUGACCGUGUGGGAAACAUAUAUGAUUCAGGCUGCUUUGUGGAACACAUACAUGAUGAUGUUUUUCAUGGUCCUCGUUUACUUUCAGUAGAUGUACCAUUGGGUCAUUCUCUAAACAUUAAGCCACUAGAGAAACCAGCUGCCUCAAAGUUAUUGAAUGGGGAUGACAUUCGAGAGAAAAGUAUGUUGUUUCAUAAGCAGCCCCUCUCUAAUUCUAUGCUCAAUAGCUAUAUGGACAAAAAAGUGGAUGAACUCUAUAAGCAAUUUUUGGAAGAAAAUCUCACCAGGUGCCGCUCUAUAAGCAAUCUUAUGGCUUCCAAUUUGCUAAUGAAUAAUGUAAAUCAGAUUAGCCUUCAAAUUUCUCAAGAGCAGAACAUAGAGGCAUCUAAAGCUCGGGAAGCUCUCCUACAUUCUUUAGCACUAUAUAAUCUCCGUAACAUUUCUCACGGAAACAGUUCUGAAUUUAGCACACCUAACUUACAAAUAUCAAACUAGACAAGUAGGGAACUUGUAUCACAUC